CUCUACAGCCUACUCCACACGUCAAGAUGAAGCUUACGCUGAUAGCUGUUGUCCUGGUUUCCAUGCUACUGGUCCAGGAGGCAGAAUCAGGUUGGUUCCGGAAGGUCGGAAGAGCCAUUCGCCGUGUCUGGACACCCCUUUGCUCACAGGCGUGUCCUAGAUACUGCACGGGAGGAGUUGUAUGCGAAUUUGGCUGUGGGACUUUAUGUGGCAAGAGAAAGAGGGCGGCUUUCAUAAACGGCACCCACCUAACUCGGCUGCCAAGAAACUUUGACUUUUACGACCUGAACGAUGAUGACUUCGUCAGUCGGCAGGAAAUUGCCACCACACUAGGCCACUCCGUGAACGAAGUUGGACUGAUCGUGGCCUUCAACACUACUGACAUCGACCAAGACAACAAGCUGACUGAAGAGGAACUUUUUUCAUCAAAGACGUUUGUGUUUGUUGACGACCCGGUUGAGCCCGACACCACACUUCCCCCGCUGACCACACUUCCCCCACUGACCACCGAUGACACUGACCUUGAACACUGAAUGACUGGACCUCGAUAUGGUCGACCGCUCUAUCCGACCACAUGCUGAUUAUGUUACUUCUGUUGACAUAGCAUGUAUUGUCUUUCCAAUAUUUUAAAACUGCUGUAAUUUGACGCCAUUUUUAUUUGGUGUUUCAUGGGCAAAUUCAAAAAAAUGGAACAAAAAUAUUUUUACUGUCUUUAUGGUUUUUUUUAAUGACUUCAAAGUUUUCAGUGUUUACACAUCACGUAAAUGCAUGUUUUCAGCAGGAAAGGUUGCUGCGACAGUCACACAACUUAGAUCUUUAGAAGAAAAGAGAUGAAUUCUGUCCGGAAAACAAAAGUUGAAGAUGUUUUAAAAUGUUUAAGAUAAUAAAUUUGUGACUUGUAUCGUGGUAAUGAAUAUCUGUAUAGCUUGAAUUAUACAAAAAAUAAAAAGUUUCAGAUGG